UCAGUUUCAGUUUACACGGCAGUUCUGUAUAACAGAUUCGAACGAUUUUCAGAAAUUCUGUUCCGAUCUGUCGCUACAACAAACGUGUUAUCAUGAUCAAAGUCAUAGCGUCGGUUGUCUGCGCCUUUGCAGCGAUGCUGAUGAUCAUUUUGAGCUUAGCCACGACCUACUGGCUGCAGUGGGUGAUAGUUUCACACAACAGAAACAUCACUCAUUACCGAGGUUUAUUCAGACAUUGUUGGGAAUCAAGGGAUAACGUUACAGACGAACUCAUAAGCGCGGAAUCUGACUGUUCCAAUGAUAAGCACACGCUCCAAGAUGUACUGAAAUCAGGUGAGCAGUUGAUUUGUAAGCAUUUGAAAAUGGUUACUAGUGUGAAGUAGGCGUCAUACAGGUUUUUCUAGUCACUUGUGUUUUACUCCACAACCGAAAGGAGCAGCGAUCGACGAAACUAUCUGUCAGUGACGAUUUCUUUCAUUUGAUUUCUGUGAGAUAGCCAGAAAAAAGUUACUAAUAAUUGUAACUAGUGAACCACUGCGCAGUAAUUUCUAAAAUCAUACGUAUGUAAAAUAUUAUGCGUGAAGUGAAGCGAACAUAAAUGAAAGUAUGCAUUGUAAUCAAGCAGAACGCUACGUAAAGAUUCUUUUCAAAUUUCCAUCGGCACACCCUGUGACUUCGUUCUUGGGAAAGCGAAGCUCUGAGAGAGCACGCGUUAAUACUAAACAAUGAUCAAAGUCAUAACAAGCUUUGUGAGCUGUUUAGCUGCAAUUCUGUUGGGAAUUUUGGCCCUUGCCACCGACUUUUGGCUAGUGUGGUGGAAAGAAGCGAAGGAAAUCGGAGGUGUACAAUACCAUCAUGAAGGCCUGUUUCAAACUUGUUCUGAAUCCUCGAUCAACAACACUGUUGUUGCCGCAGAUAGCUGCACUAAAUUACACGAUUUGGGAAGACCAGGUACAUCUUUUUCUCAUUUGGUAUCUAUAGUAUGUCAAAGGAAAAAUAUUUGCGUGUCUUGUUUACAUCUGCUUUGUUCAUUACCUGACUGAUUGUCAGGACAUAAAGUUUGCUUAUAGACUCUCAACUUGACAAAGAUCUCUGUAUCAUCAAAUUGACUUUACAGACUAACUUUUGUCAAUGACAAAUUUCUAUUAACGUGGAGUUUAGAGAUUGAUUACGGCUCGAAACUUUAACUCAUACCAAUUACAACCAGUUGUUUUGAAUAAUUAUUCUAAUUCUGAACCGUUCUUAUACAUAUUCUAAGGGUUUUUGAGUCUUUGUAACAAUCUUUGUUGUUCAAAAAAACUUUUAUGUUUCGAAUUUUAGUUUAAUGUCACAAGCUACCUUUAAAUUAUUGCCUAAAGCUUCUAUAUAACACAUUAAACAUACUCCUUUCUUAGAAUACAAGCAUGUUCUGGAAUUUUCCGCAAAUAGCGGUGAUUCUUGUCAAUAAAUAAUCUAAAGGUACAAGAGAUAUGAUUUGCAACAGGAGGAUUUUAAUUUUUCUGUUUCCUGGGACUUUCAAGUCAAUGUUGCUAAAUUGAUCAAGUUUUAAUUUGCCACUAGCACUGUUGUAAGGGUGAAGCAUUUGAGUAAAGGCAGAACAGCUUGUAACUGCUAAGUUAAAUAUUUAUAGGUUUCUAGUAUGAUUUUAAGAAAUCUUGAAAAAACAGCAUAAUCCGUUUUAAGUCCAGUUUUAUGUGGUUUAAGUGUAACAUGCCUUUUCUUCGGUAACUUGUCCAGAAAUUUUAUUUGAUUGGACAAUUGUCCACCGCACUUUAUUGUUCUUCUACAGAAGCAAAUGAUCUUGUUUUAAUUGAAUGUGUCAGUGUGUGAUUUUCAGAAACUUCAGGGUUGAUUUUUUUGCCUAAAAUAUUUUAUGGAGGAAGCACAUAUGCAUUUACGUUAAAAAUAAACAGAGAUAUGAUUGUUACAGAAUCCUGCAAUUGCCUACAACUAUAAAGAAAGUAGUAUACAUCGAGUGAUGCCAUAACAAAUAAUAUUCUGAACAUUAACAGUGAUAGUUCAUAGUAUCACAUACAACACAUUUCAAUUUAACAGGAGCCUCAGUUUGCACUAAGACAUGCUCUGACAAGAAGCAAACAAAUUACAGACAGUGAAGUUCAAGGAAAACUGACCAACAACAAAUGCUCAUGCAAAUAAUGUGCAAGGAAAUAUAUUAAAUAUAUUUUCCUUCUAUUUGGAGGCUAGCUGAUAUCUUUAUUAUUCUAGAAACAGUCUAGUGCCUCUUGAGACUAAAUAUUUAAAAAUGUUUUCCUGUCAAAAACAUUCACUGCCUUAUAAUUAAUCAGGAAAAGAGAUUUUCCCUUCUUCUGAAACAACAGCAAACAUUUUGUAAUCUUGAAGUACAUUUUGAACAGAGAUCUCCCUGGUUUUGGAUGUGUUGUUUGAAAAUAAUAAUGAAAAAAAAAAACUGGACAUAUCCCAGUUUUAGCUCAGACAUAUUCAGUCACAUGCUACUUGAUAGCAACCUAACACAAAUGAACAGCAGUUUAUAUUUUUUUUAUUUACGAUUGUGUUAUGAUUUACAAAAUCUGUUUUAUCAUUUUGUGAUUCUGUGUAAAUAAAUUCGUCUAUGGGGGUUCAUUAGGUUGACUGUUGACUCUGAAAUUUAAAAAAAAUCAAGCAGGUAGGCAGAGCAGAAUUCAACCUUAGGACCUUUAUCUACUCCACACCACCAUCAUGUCCUGCCGUCAUAAGCUUUAACCCUUUAACUCUCAAGAUCCAAGUAGUUAUUCUUCCAACUGACUGCUAGAUGUUUCCUUGUAAAUUAUACAGGAGAAUUCUAUGUUGCAUUAAGAUAACAACCUCUUGCUGACAAGCUUUGCUAUCCUCACAACCUGUUUUCAAGAUCGUGUAUUGGAAUGGCAAUGAGAAGUUAAAAAUUAAUCAAUUCUAAGAAUUAAAGGGUUAACAAAAUGGUUAUCCUUGGGAAGGGACAGAAAUAUUUACUGGCUCUCUAGCUCAAAGAAUGAAAAUGUUUUGAGUACUGAUGGAUGUUGUUUCUGUUUUUCAGACUGGAAUGGAGCUGUGAUUGCCUUGAUGUUUCUGGCCCUUAUCUGCCAUUUAAUUGCUUUUAUCAUAGCCAUUGUGGCAGCAAUACGAAAGGGACAUCCUUUUCCAUCCUUCACUGUAGGCGGAUUCUUCUGUGCAGCAGGUAUGCAAUGACCAUUAGAUCUUGUUGUUAUCCCUUUAACUCCCAAGAUCUGAGUAAUUCUGCCCUCCAGCUUCUAAUCAUUCCCUUGUUAAUUAGUUAUGAGAAUUUGGUGACAGAUCAAGAUAACUUCUACCUGUCUAAGUUUAAGUAUUUUCAUUACCCAUUUGCUAGAUAGUGUAUGGAUAUUAAAGGGAGAUGUUACAUUUUAAUCACUUCUGGGAGUUGAAGUGUUAACUUUUAUGAUGAAGGAGCACCUUAAGGCUUAUAAAAUUUGAUUUUGAUUUUUGUCUUAAACCAUCUCCUCUAUUUUUGCGUGUAGCCAUUCUCGUGGUUAUUGCUUUGUUGGUCUUCACAUUUUUCAACUGGAAGGAUGAUGUGUUCUUCAGCUGGUCAUAUGGUGGAGGAUGGUCUACUGUGGCGUUGUCUAUUAUAGCAUUUGUGUUAAUAAUGGCAGAUCGCUGAGGAAUUGCCGAGCCCAGCUGACAAAUCAAACAGCAAGUAGACCUCAAGGCCAGAUUGUACCAGUUGGAAUUAACUUGUAUUAUGGUCUCAAAAAUAACAAGAACAGUUUCUAACUUAAGUGUGUAAAAAUGUUAUGUGAAUUUGUCGCUGGGCUCAGAGCACUCUAAAAUGCAUAUUUAAUCCUUGUUUGUCAUAACAUAAUCAACAUCUUGUCCAAAAAAAAUUGAUCUCUAAAAGAGACUAGUUUGAAGGAAAAACAAUGUUGAAAAAAGUAAAUUGAAAAUUGUUUUACUUGAUAAUGUUAACAUCAAGGCUUAAAUAUGUUCAACAAAUUACUUUGAUGUCUCUUGUUAAUAGUACUUUUUGCUUAUGUUCCAUGUAUUCUAGUUUUUAUGACGGCAACACAAUUCUCUUCUCCAGAUAGAAUUUAGACUUAAACCUAGCAAAGUUUACUAAUUGGCAACACUGAUAGUUACACUUUUUGGGUAUUUAUUUAUCGGCUUUAGCUAAUAAUUUUUUCAUUUGAUUAGAAUGUAGAAUUUAGAAAUGUAUAAGGUUAAAAAUAAUGAAACUAGUCCAGAACGUUUUAAGCCUAACAUAAAUCAGCACAUAGAAUUACAACUUACAUUAGUUUUUAACUGAAUUUUGGAUGUAAAAAUUUUUCACCAUGUAAGACAUUUUUUUGUUACCCAUAAUGCAUAUCAAUGCAUGCAAAGUAUUUAUGUUAGGACACAAUCUUGUACAUAAGUAGAAAUGGCUUGUUCAACUUUUUUUUGUUCUGUUUUGCCUUGCUUUUUUUAUUGCAUAUGCGAGUGAACUGUUACUUUCCCUUUGAAAAAAAUACCAUAACCUUGUGUUUAAAAAGCACAUUUUAGGUUAUUUUUGGUAUUUUUUUUAAAGGUGUUUCUCCCACCUCAUGAAUGCACAGAAAAUUUAAAUAUAUUUCAAUAAGGCAAAAUGUGUCUCCUUGCCUUUUGUCUGAGUGGAAAAUGUGACAGUGUGGUAUUGAAUUGAAUUUUCCAGUGUCAGGGUUUUAAAAUGGUUCCUUAUUCUUUACAGAAUAGUGAUUGAAGUAUCUCUACAACCAUAAUGUUGCCUCACCUCAACAGUUGCCCUCAGCUUGAUCACCAGUCGCUGUUCGUGAACGUGAGCCUGCGCUGUUCCUUCUCCCCAUCCCUUCUCCUUGAACCCACUCUCGGGGAAGAGCAAAGGCUGAGCACGAGAAAGCGGCGAAAAUCGAGCCUAUAGUGGCAUAAGUUUCCAAUUAUCGUCGCCAACUUAGCCAUUUUAAGGUCUUUAACUUGACUCAAUAAGUAGACACAGCAAUGCUACACCCUGUUUAAAACACUCUUAUUUUCCAUUUAAUGCGCUUUUAACUCUUACGCGACUUCAGUGAAUCUAAAAUGCAUGGUUCUUACCAAAUUUGAUGUAAACAAAAUUUAAGUCUUCUUAGGAAAUGUUGAUAACCCCAAAAGAUCUGCAUUCUAUCUUGUAGUUAAUCUCCACCCUG